CAGCGCCCUCUUCCGGUUGGACGUGUUCAGUUCCUGCAGCUCACUCUCAGUGUGUUUUGGUGUGUGUGUGUGUUUAGUAGGCUGGUUUCAGUUCAUUUGGCAUUAAGCACGCGAUCAGAGGAACUUCUGGACACGACAGCAGUAUGAGUGAUAGUAUGAAUGAGGAGUAUCCGAUCUGACUGAUGCUGGGAAGAAAACUGCUGUCUUAAAUCAUUAAAAUGCGCUUUAAUGAGAGCUGAAGAUGCGAUUCAACGAGAAAGAGCUGGUGUUCCUGAGCCGCCAGCCGCCGGAGAGAGCGGCCGAGCUGGGCAUGAGAGGCCCGAAGAAAGGAGACGUUGUGAAGAGACGUGUAGUGAAGCUGAUCGUUAAUUUCCUGUUCUACUUUCGGACCGAUGAGGAUGAGCCCAUCGGCGCUCUGCUGCUGGAACAGUGUCGCGUGGAGAGAGAAGACGAUCAGGUUUUCUCCAUCGUGUUUCUGGACGAGGCCGAGAGGAAGUAUCUGUUCGAAUGUGAUUCUCAGGAACAGUGUGUGGAGUGGAUCGAUGCCAUCGUUAAAGCCAGUUAUGAAUUCAUGCGCAAGAACCUGAUCUACUAUCGCACAGAAAUCCAUCGGCUGACCGGCACGGACCCGCUGGAGCAGUAUGGGAUAUCAGACGAAACACGUUUUCAGGUCAACACUGGUCUUCCUCCAGCUGCCACAUAAACACACGCAGUCGUCCGCUUUCUCUGGUUUUUCUUGUGUUUUCAGGUUUUUCUUGUUUUACAGUCUGCCAGCAUCCAUCACUGUCAUCUUUUAUGUUUUUUGUGAGUUAUGGGGGAAAUGCGUAAUAUUACUGUAAUGAAUGUCUGCUGAGUUUGAGCCAAUUGCAAUUAAAGUUUCUUCUUUAAAUCAAGGUCAUUGUUAACGAGGACAAACUGAACUGGGUCGCCUUUUAAAAACUGAUUCUGGCACCUUUUAUAACUGUGCUGUUAAAGGUUUAUGCAUGCACUCAUUAUAGUUUCAACUAAAGUGCACUGAAGAGGUUUUAUCUAAAGCAUUAAAGCCUUCCAGUGAAUCAG